CUUGGCCAGAUUCAUGGAACGUCCUACCUUGGCAAUUCAGGAGAUUUAUAUCACAUACACCCCGCUCUGGGACUUGCCGUUCGAGAAUCCACUUUUGUAUCUUCCGUGAGAGCCUCAUCCUUUGUCUUAUUGCAUCCAAACUGCGGAAAGAUAAACACCACCUUCAAAGCUGUCGCGCCCUCAGAUAAGAAUAUCUCGAAGAAUCCCUGUGUCCCCAAGUGAAUGUCAGGCUUUGUUCAGCCGGUCAAUUGUGGCACGCCAGAGUUGUCGCAACAGUCAUGACCGUGGCAACAUUGGCUAAUUACGAGACUACUACGCAUUGUCGCUCUAUCUAACAGUGCUUAGCGACCCGCCAAUAAGGCGGGACUGAUGUCGUCUUUGAGACUUCGUAUCUCUAUCGGAAGGGCCAUCGUUGCACACUCCCUGAAUGUCGAUGCCCUUUUUGUUCGUUCCAAACUUACGUGGAAACAACACGAACCAAACGCGGGCGUCGCAGCUAGUGGUUGUGAGGAGACAUGCUGCCCUCGUCUCACACAGACGUAAAUCCAGGCGUCUAUCAUCAAGCCAGCCGGGCCUUGGCGAAGAAACCUCAAGCGAAGGCCUCGUCUCGAACCAGCUCGCGCAGAUUGAAAGACCUCUCGACCAACAGCCGACCGUUCCUCGAGGGCGGGCGAAGUCUCCCAAGCAUGGUUCGCAAAAUUCCAGUGCUGACGCAAGCUCGGCGCAAAAUUGGGAUCAAGAAUGGGACCAAGAUUGGGAUCAAGAGAAUCGUCUCACGCAGACUGAGUCGCGCCUAGACGAGCCUCGCAGCCUGAAAAUUGCUGAAUACCUGGAAAGAACUGAGAUGUUUGCGGAGGCUAUCGAGCUCCGGAACGCACUCGCCAUGGUGAGAUCGGGAGUGUUGACGCAGCCAGCAUAUGCACUUACUCAAAAAAGCACUCCCAGCCUCCAUCGAGCCGUCGAAUAUUUCAUGCAGGUGCUGGUACCCAACAAUACCCCAGUCUACACCAUCUUUCAAGUCACCAAUGUCAACUGCAUGUACUUCCUUCAGGUUGUUGAAAGUCGCCCUCUACCUCAUCUUGUUCAUUCCGUACUCGCUCUACUCCACUUGGUUCGUGGUGCUGUCGCACCGCAGACCGAAUCCAGUCGAAGUGCGCUUCAGCACACCGGCGCUGCAAUCUCGCACAUCCGGAAGUUGAUAUCAGAGGAAGGUGUCUGGAACGAUGACGCCGUCAUUCUGUCAGUCGUUUGUCUCGCAAGCUUUGCUCGGGCAAUGGGGGACUCGGCAGCAUAUAACCUCCAUCGUGCUAAACUCGCAUUGAUGAUUGAAGCUCGUGGUGGUCUCGAAAAUACUGGACAUAACGGGCUAAUUAAAUCAAUGGUCCGGCAAUUUGCGCCACCCGCGUCUAUCCCAUUGGCGAUUUGUUUCGACCAAGAGUGCAGCUUAGAGCCUGACGAAAAGCUCGAGUCCAAAGAUUCCUUCUUCAACGAGAUACGCCCUUCUAUCUCGGACAUGGCCCCUGAACUUCCUCUCAGUGCGGAGCUUGCCGAAAGCAUUACACCUUUGCCUUUUGGCUUCCAAUGUCUUGUGCUCCAAGCCAAGCUUUCAAUCAAAACCAUUGAACUAUUGUGCCGCAUCGAGACUGCCCUCAAAGAGUCACCGGAGGUUCAAGCCCGGAAGUACCAAAAUCAAAGUCCCAUGACAGGUGGCUGGCAACAAGCAAGGUACAGUGAUUUUUGGGAAUGCUGUCCCUCGAUCUCCCGCCCCGGCGCUGACCCAGAAAAAUUACUUUGCUUGUCGCUUCUUCUUUACACGGCAAACGAGGUUGGGCCAGAGAGAGCAGGCCACAAGGGACUGGCGCUGUACGGUGGACCACGAGCGGUGUUGGCCGCCGAGAUUGGAAUGAUGAAUCGCCAUAAGCUUACGCCAUACCAAAGACAUUGCUGGAUAUGGAUCUGGUGGGUCCUCAUCGAUAGCUGGCACCAGAAGAACGAGACGACAGAGACAGGAACACUCCUGAUCAGCCAAUUCUGGGCCACCUUCCCUGAAAUCCGUGGCUGGAGUGGGCUAGAGCGUACCUUGCAACGUUUCUUCUGGGGGGGCAAGUUCGAGAUUGCCGUUAGGCGACUCGCAGAAGCUCCUGCUGCUGACAGACACAAGAGUACCUGAACAGUUUCUUCAGCUUGCCAUGUGUCUACUGCAUAGCAGGUUUUGUCCACUAAAAGUGGAAAAUUGGCUUCCACAGAGGUCUACUGGACACUCCAUACUUAACAGGCGGAACCGCCGUUAAAAAUCUUGGUGCUGUCCGCGUCAUCGCUACGAGGAUUUGGGCGCCAUCGCCUUGGAGGUUGAUUUUUAUGCCACUAAGCCGAAGCCACCAUCGCAGCGGUCCAUAGGGCUGAUCUUUUAAGGCUAGUGUUAUUGGUCGAAUGCAAGUCUUGACAAAUAACAUGUGGGCAGACCCAUGGCUUCAAUAGACAAACUCAUAUCACGUGAUUUCAACGCGGUGUGAUAAUUGUUGAGUGAAAGCCCGUGUUUUCUAGCCUAGUAGGU